AUGUGGGGGUAUAACAAAGGAGGUAAUACAGUGAAGACGAAGGGAGGAGGUGGAGGAGGAGGAAAUGGGUUGGUAGCAGUCGCCAUAGACAGGGACAAAGGGAGCCAAAAUGCAUUGAGGUGGGCUGCUGAGACUAUUCUCAACAGGGGCCGAACUGUUGUUCUAAUCCAUGUCAUUCACCGGCAAAACACAUCAAAUUCAUCCAAUGCCCUCAUCUGUGAUUCAAACAACCCACCUACCUCACCGCACAAAGAACAGCUCGAAAGUAUGACCAAAAGUCUGUUCCUCACAUUCCAUUGCUAUUGUACUCGAAAGGAUAUACAAUGCCUUGAUGUGGUACUUGAAGAUACAGAUAUUGCAAAAGCAUUAACAGAAUAUGUUUCUUAUGCUGCAAUUGAGACUCUGGUUCUUGGAGCUCCGACAAAGCAUGGUUUUAUGAGAUUCAAGUCAUCAAGUAUGGCGAGCAGUGUCUCAAAAGGGGCACCGGAUUUUUGCACUGUAUAUGCCAUCUCCAAAGGGAAGAUCUCUUCGCAGCGAAAUUCUUCUCGUGCUGCCCCAUAUAGAUCUCCACUACUUUCAACCAUUGAGACCAUAAAUAAUCAAGUUGCUGCUAAAGCAUCUGAAACACCUAAAAGCAGCAUAUACUUAAAAGCGAAGCCAUCGUUCAAGCCUCGCAACUUGCCAGAUGACCCAUUCAGAUCGCCAUUUUCUAGAGGCGGAGGAGGUUUUACUAAAGGAAGGAUUAGUGGAGGGUUCUCAGAAUCCGAAAGUGACAUAUCAUUUAUAAGCUCUGAUAGAGCAAGCACAGACCGUGCUUCAUCUGUAAUGUACGAGUACAUUGAUCAAGGCCGAGGAGGGCGGAUAUCUACCAGCUCCGACCACAGCUUUGGUUCAGUCCGCAUGACACCUAGGUUCGACCUUAAUGCUAUGAAUGAAUUCUCGAUGGUGUCACAGGACACCAGCCUAACAUCAUCCUCAUGGUCAUCACAAAACCUGGACGAAGUUGAAGCUGAGAUGAGGAGGCUAAAGCUGGAGCUAAAGCAAACAAUGGACAUGUACAGCACAGCAUGUAGAGAAGCACUUACAGCUAAACAGAAGGAAAUGGAGCUGCACAAUUUGAAGGCUGUAGAGGAACAAAAGCUAGAGGAGGCACGACUGGCUCAAGAAGCUGCAGUUGCUGUCGCUGAGAAAGAAAGAGCUAGGUGCAAGGCAGCGAUGGAAGCAGCUGAUGCUGCUAAGAGAAUUGCAGAGUUGGAAUCACAAAAACGAGCACAUACAGAAAUGAGAGCCCUUAGGGAAGCAGAGGAAAUGAGGAAGGUAUUAGAUAAUCUAGCCCAAACUGAUACCAAAUACAGGAGAUAUGGCAUUGAGGAGAUUGAAGCUGCAACAGAACACUUCACUCCAAGUCGAAAAAUUGGGGAAGGAGGUUACGGUCCUGUCUAUAAGUGCUAUCUUGAUCACACAUCAGUCGCUGUCAAGGUCUUGCGUCCAGAUGCAGCUCAAGGACGGUCGCAGUUUCAGCAAGAGAUUGACAUACUCAGCUGCAUUCGACAUCCCAACAUGGUGCUACUUCUAGGAGCCUGCCCAGAGUAUGGCGUCUUAGUCUACGAAUAUAUGGCCAAUGGAAGCUUAGAGGACCGUCUCACAAGGAAAGGGAACACCCCACCUCUAUCUUGGCAAAUCAGGUUUCGAAUUGCAGCUGAGAUUGCCACAGGCCUUCUCUUUCUGCAUCAGACCAAGCCAGAACCCUUGGUGCACCGUGACCUGAAGCCCGGAAACAUUUUGCUAGACCACAACUAUGUAAGUAAGAUCAGUGACGUUGGGUUGGCCAGACUAGUCCCCGCUAUUGCUGAAAAUGUGACUCAGUACCUCAUGACAUCAACAGCUGGUACAUUCUGCUAUAUAGACCCGGAGUACCAACAGACAGGCAUGCUUGGUGUGAAAUCUGAUGUCUACUCCCUAGGCAUUAUGCUUUUGCAAUUGAUAACAUCAAAGCCACCAAUGGGAUUGACUCACCUCGUCGAAAGGGCAAUUGAGAAGGACAAAUUUGCUGAGGUUUUGGACCCUGCUGUGCCUGAUUGGCCUGUUGAAGAAGCCUUAAAGCUAGCAAAGCUAGCACUGCAAUGCGCAGAACUCAGACGCAAAGACAGGCCGGAUCUGUGCAGUGUUGUACUACCAGAGCUGACUAAGCUGAGAGAACUUGCUGAAGAAAAGAUGAGCUUCAUGUUUUCAGGAGGCAGUACAGGUCCUAAGUCCACCACUCACAGCAAUGUAGAACAACAGGUAACUCGAAAAAUUUGAAAUAUUUUAGAAGCAUUCGGACGCUAAUCAAUAGCUCAUUUCAUAAGUUUAUGAAUGCAGGAAGUAAUAACGAGUGAUCCACAGCAGGAAGAAUAGAUUCAAUGAUCCACAGUAAUAAUGCCACUCGAGCGCAUCUUCACAGACAGAAAAUCAGUAAGGCUUGUGAGAAACGAUUUUGAGUUUUCGAAAAUAAGCAGGAAGAAUAGAUUCAAUGAUUUGCUAAUUAGGUUGGCAGAGUUUCUUUUCCUCUCAUUCCAAUUGCGGUUUUGGCUCCUGAACUGUUGGCUUCAGUAACUAAAACUAGAAGCAUUAGAUUCAAUAGUCUGCUGCAGCUACCUUGUUCUCAUGUAAAUAUGAUUAACAUUCAAGUCUCACACAUGUAAAU